GCCAGUGGGUUUCACUCAUACUAUCACUUCGCUUUCUCUUUUCUUUUCAAUUUCUUUCUUUAUAUUUAUAUAUAUUUUUUGCUUGCUUAGCCGCACCAAUGGCGAUCGAUGAUAAAGCCGGUCCAGAGCCGCACUGCAGAGAAGACGAUGACAACGCUCCCGCCGCCGCCGUAGACGACGAGGACACCGGUGCUCAAGUCGCUCCUAUCGUCAAGCUCGAGGAAGUCGCCGUCACUACUGGUGAAGAAGACGAGGAUCCGAUUCUCGAUCUGAAGGCAAAGCUGUAUCGAUUCGAUAAGGAAGGGAAUCAAUGGAAGGAGAGAGGAGUUGGAAAUGUGAAGCUCUUGAAGCACAAAGUCAAUGGCAAAGUCCGUCUCGUCAUGCGCCAGUCUAAAACCCUUAAGAUCUGUGCUAACCAUUUCGUUAUUCCAACAAUGACAGUGCAAGAACAUUCUGGAAAUGAUAAAUCAUGCGUUUGGCACGCCGCUGAUUUCGCUGAUGGGAAUUUGAAAGAAGAGAUGUUCUGUAUCAGAUUUGCUUCUGUUGAGAAUUGCAAGACCUUCAUGGAGACAGUUCAAGAGGUUGCUGAAAGUCAGGGAAAGAAAGAGGAAAACAAUGACGCCACGGUCACUGCUGAUCUCCUCGACAAGUUGAGUGUUGGAGAAAGUAAAAGUGACAGUAAAGAAGAUACGGUCGUUGCCUCCAACACCAAGGAAGCCGUCAAAGAUGAAGCAAAAACAGAUGAAGAUAAGAAAGAUGAGGCUGCUUCAAAAGCAUAGACCUGAAAGAGAAAGCAACAAUAUACUCGAGUAAGUUUAUUAUAUAUAAUUAAUAUUUAGUGGUUUAAGGAGAAAAUUAUGUUGGAACCUGUGAAUGGGGGGGUUUGUUUCUUUGUUUGUCUGCAUGGAAUUGUAACUUAAAGAGUCUUUUAAUUUGGAAAAUCUAAAGGUAUUAACGUUUGGUUUGAAGGGCAAACCGAUGUUUUGAUGGAAAUUUGCUUUCUAGUUGGAUUUAAAAUCACAAUUCUAAAAGUAAUUUCAAUGUAGAAUUGAAUGAAUCCUUUAUAUCUGGUUUACCAUUAUUAAUACAGAGGAAUUCAAUUUGAACAAUAA